CCAAAGAAGAGGCUGAGCCGGUGUUUUUCCACUCAGCAGGAUGGGUGAUGCUCAACGCUCCCUCAUUAGACAACAGAGACGAGAGGUCAGGAAGAAAGCGCUUAUAAAUCACCCCUUCCUCCCUCGCAGCCCGGCUAGUCGGGCGGUACCUUUCCCCAGGACACACCGGGCAGACGCCUAGAGCCCUGGCCAGCCACCUGAACCCGCAGCAGGAAGAGAAAAUCCAUUCAGGAGAGACUCUUCUUCAUUGCCUCACCCUAUGGAGGAAUCACCACUGCCCAUCCACAGUGAGGAGGGGACAGAAGUCCCAACUGAAACCAGAAACAUGGCAACAAAGGAGAAGCUGCAGUGUUUGAAAGAUUUCCACAAGGACAUCCUCAAACCUUCCCCUGGCAAGAGCCCUGGGACACGCCCUGAGGACGAGGCAGAGGGGAAGCCGCCUCAACGGGAGAAGUGGGCGAGUAAGAUUGACUUUCUGCUGUCCGUGGCUGGUGGAUUUAUUGGUUUAGGCAAUGUCUGGCGGUUUCCGUAUCUCUGCUAUAAAAAUGGCGGAGGUGCAUUUCUUAUACCUUAUUUCAUUUUCCUGUUUGGGGGAGGUCUUCCUGUGUUUUUCCUGGAGGUGGCGCUAGGACAAUAUACCUCUGAAGGAGGAAUUACAUGCUGGGAAAAGAUCUGCCCUAUUUUCACUGGAAUCGGUUAUGCUUCCAUAGUGAUUGUGUCCCUUCUGAAUGUGUACUACAUCGUCAUCCUGGCUUGGGGAGUGUACUAUCUGUUCCAGUCAUUUCAGAGCGUCCUACCUUGGUCGCUUUGUGGUCAGAAGUGGAACACACCUACUUGCGUGGAAGACACUCUCAGGAAGAACAAAACACUCUGGUUGUCACUGAACAUUACAAACUUCACAUCGCCCGUCACAGAGUUUUGGGAGCGCAACGUACUGAGCUUGUCUACGGGGAUUGAAGAUGUUGGUGUUGUCAAGUGGGAUCUGGCACUGUGUCUUCUCUUUGUCUGGGUGAUAUGUUUCUUCUGCAUUUGGAAAGGCGUCAAGUCUACUGGGAAAGUUGUGUACUUCACCGCUACAUUCCCAUUCGUCAUGCUUAUUGUGCUGUUAAUCCGUGGUGUCACCCUGCCUGGAGCUGCAGAGGGCAUCAAAUUUUACCUUUACCCUGAUGUAUCACGGUUAGCAGAUCCACAGGUCUGGAUAGAUGCCGGGACACAAAUCUUCUUCUCGUAUGCAAUCUGCUUAGGAGCAAUGACAUCCCUGGGAAGCUACAACAAGUAUAAAUACAACUGUUACAGGGACUGUUUGCUGCUGGGAUGCCUGAACAGUGGUACCAGUUUUGUGUCUGGCUUCGCAAUUUUUUCCGUCCUGGGCUUCAUGGCACAAGAGCAAGGGGUGAACAUUGCUGAUGUGGCAGAGUCAGGUCCAGGCCUGGCCUUCAUUGCCUACCCAAAAGCUGUGACCAUGAUGCCGGCGCCUACUGUUUGGGCUAUCCUAUUCUUUGUUAUGCUUCUGUUGAUUGGACUGGAUAGCCAGUUUGUUGAAGUUGAAGGACAGAUCACGUCAUUAGUUGAUCUGUACCCAUCCUUCCUAAGGAAGGGUUACCGACGGGAAAUCUUCAUUGCUAUAGUGUGUUUCCUUAGCUAUCUUCUGGGACUAACUAUGGUGACUGAAGGUGGCAUGUAUGUGUUUCAACUCUUUGACUACUAUGCAGCUAGUGGUGUAUGCCUUUUGUGGGUUGCAUUCUUUGAAUGUGUUGCUGUAGCCUGGGUUUAUGGCGCUGAUAAUAUGUAUGAUGCCAUUGAAGAUAUGAUUGGAUACAGACCUGGUCCCUGGAUGAAAUGGAGCUGGAUUCUAAUCACACCACUUCUUUGCGUGGCAUGCUUUAUCUUUUCUCUGGUCAAGUAUACACCUCUGACCUACAACAAAGUUUACACAUACCCUGACUGGUCAGUCGGCGUGGGAUGGGUUCUUGCUCUUUCCUCCAUGAUCUGCAUCCCAUUGGUGAUGGUCAUCCGCAUUGUACAGUCGGAUGGCUCACUUAUUGAGAGAAUAAAAACAGUGGCUGCCCCUAGGGAAGUGAGUCGGUGGGCCAAAGAAAUGGAAAGCACCACCUCAUUCUGCCCCAAUGGAACUCCUAAUGGUGGACUGAUUAAGCCAACUCACGUCAUUGUGGAGACUAUGAUGUGAGCUCUCUCUGUGAGAGGAUAAACCUGCUUUAACUGCCAUUUACUAACCAUAGAUUCUCAUAGGACCGGGUUUACAGAGCUUUAUAUUUGCACUAGGAUUUAUUUUUAUUUCUCACAGAGAAAGUUAUUUUUUGUGGUGUUUUUUCUUUUCUUUUUCUUUUUUUUUACGUAUUUUGUAAGGUAAUCACAGCAGAAGCCUCUUGCAGGAGGCAGUUUUCAUAUCAGACAGACCUAUUACAGGAAUUUACUACCAUUUGGGUUUUAAUAGCUCUCUGAAUAUUAUACAUCUUAUCACUUGAAAUUGAUUUUCUUGCCAGCAAUAUAUUCAAAUCUCAGAAAGCAAUUUUUUAGGUGCUGGUGUGGUUGGGAACAGGGUAAACCCUAGAACUCAUGAGUGAGUUCUGUUGAGAGAAAUUGUAAAUGAAGAAAAAAGGUGAAUGUUGCUUCAAGGGAUUGGUUUUCAAAGGUGUAGUGCUUUUCUUCCUCUGGUUCAGGCAGGGUGAAUGACAGAUUUCUGAGUCAAGAUGUUACCUUUGCUAUGGUCCGUGUAAAAAUAUAUAUAUAUCUGUUCAACUGGAGGAGAGAAAUUUAUGGGGGAGGGAGGACUGUAGUUAGGAAUUAAAUACCCAAUCAGGAUGCCUGUCCCUCCUGAGCAUUGUGUAAAAAGUCCAGUCACAGUAGACGACAAAAUACGUAUUGCCUACAGAAGACAUUUUGCCUGAGGCAGGAGUUUUGUGUACAUACCCUUUAGUUUUCCUGCACACCGUAGGUUAGCUGAGGUGUUCCUAGUUUAAACUUGCACUUUGUAUGAACAGAACAGUAGGAGGAGUCUGUGCGAUAGCUAAGAUCUGAAUUAUGAAGAGGCAGCAUUCAUGUUUUAUGGAAUUUAAAAUAGAUAUGUAUUUUGUAAACUGUUGGGCUUUGGUAUCAAAAGAAAAAUAUGUUGAGGACAAUGAUCGCACCAAGCUUAACACCCAGCCAGUUAUUCAUUACCCCAGGAGCAAAACAGCCCACGGAUAUAUUGUACACCAGGCAUUUCCAGCAGGCACAUUUUUAAUAAUAGUAAUUAAGUGAAGAGGACAAUAAUGCUUAGCACAUCCAUAUGCGCUGUUCAGCCGUAUACCUCAAAUUGGUAUCCCUAUUUAUUUAUUUAUUUAUUUAGACUAUUGUUGGUGCAGUGGGGGAAGCAGGCCCAGGGAGGGAAAGUGACUUGGCCAAGGUUACAGCAACUCAGUGGCAGAGCUAGGACUAGAACUCAGGUCUCCUAACUGGCUUGCCCCAGAGGACCAUCUACCACCAUUUUGGUUUUUUGGGUAAUGCAUGUAUGGGGGACAAAAAGGGGGAAUUCAACCUACUAUAAACUAGGGCUUUAUGUAAAUUAAGAGACGGAAGUCUGUAAUAUUUCUUUGGUUAAAAAACAUUACAUACCAUUCCAAUUUAGACUUAAGAAAAAUAAAAAGAAAGCAUUUAAUGCAGUACAUCGCUCCUAAACAGUUUUUAAAGCUGGAUGGCUGUAGCUAAACUGAUCACAUAGGCCAGAUCGAGAAUUUCAAUAGAUAUUUGCUCCCUGAAGAAUUUCAAAAAUCUGGAUAGAUCUUGUUUCAUAAACCUCAACACACGCUGAGAAGAGGCUCCCUAAAGAAAUCCAGCCCUUUCCAUUUGGGUAUUGUACUUGGGAGAUAAUCCUCCUAAUCAUAGUGCCACAGUUACGCUAGCCAAAGGGAUCUGGGAAGAGAUUCAGCAGCCGAAUCUGUUCCUGCUUAUACUGUUGCCAGUUCAGUUUGUCUAUGGGUAGAUUUUUGCAGUUUAAAUGGGAACAUAUCCAGUUCUUAACAUUCCUACAUGGGACAUUUUUAAAAAGAUGGCCCAUGCAUUAACUGUAGGCAGCGUUGUUACAGCCAUGUCGGUCCCAGGAUAUGAGAGAGACAAGCUGGGUGAGGUAAUCUCUUUUAUGGGACCAACUUCUGUUGGCGAGGGAGACAAGCUUUUGAGGUACACAGAACUGUCAUGCACUAACUGGUCACUGCAGCAGAAGCAUAUGUCGAGUUAGUAUUAAUGUAAAACGUAAGGGGCAAUUUAGAAGUAAGAAAGGGACCAAAAAAAAGUGUCUUGUAUAGCGGGAGAGUCUUUGAGUCUCUGUUUUUAAGUCAAAGAGGCUGAAUUCCAGCAACAAAAACAGCCAACACCCCGUUGCUUGUGUUUUCUUUUCCAAUUACUGUAUUAUGAGAGCUGCAGCUGAAAACACUUUUAUAAUUUGUUAUGGCAAAUAUCACAUCUCACGUGCUGGCCUGAUGGUAAUAGCCACCCUAAAGCUACUCCAGGUGUCUUGACCAUCUCAACAGAAGAAUUUUCUAAGCCAACAUGAUUACAACUGGAUUUUAAGAACUUUACUUAAGAAAAAAAAAACCCAACAAUUCCUGUGUUUAAUUUUUUUUAUCUUUAACUAUCAAAAAGCAAUUCAAUUAAAGCUAAAACUCUGUCAGACAUGUUGUUCUGUAUUCCAGCCUUUGUGGCAACAGAGAAGGUCUGAGCCAAAGCCUGCUGAAGUCAAAUCUCGUCAUACGUUGUGUAUAGGCACAAUGGCACGAGUUAAGGUCAGAAUAGCAGCCCAGUAAUUAAAUUCCUCGUUUCAGUUAGUGUAAGUGACAGUAGCAUAUUUUGUUAUAGACUCACAUUUUGUGUGUGCGGACAUACUCUAUAAGGUGUAUAUCUGAGAGGGACACUAAUGAGAAAAAUAGUUUGAAGGUUGAGAUUUCAAAAGUAGGUGGUGCGUCAGAGAUGGAUAUUUCACCAUGCUUCAGAUAUGGUGGAGGGGGGAUUUGCAUUAGGAACCAGAGGGUUAAUACUACACCUUUAAAACUACAAAUAAACAAGACCGAGAGCCCAGCUCCAUUUUGACUCAAACUGUGCCAUUCAAAUCAGUCGCUUCCAAGUGAAAGUGUCUCACACACAUAUGCAAUGACCUCCCUGAAGUUCUGUUGGUGUAAGUUUCGCUGGCCCCGGCUUGUGCUGUUCAGCCUGAGUGCCAGAUUCAUGAUGCGCUAUUAAAUCAUUUCUGUAAAACAGUCACCCAGAACAAUGCUGGACACCAGCCCACGGUUUUCAGCACAAGUGAGCCUAGUCACAUUUUAGAAUGGUUCCUAAUGUUUUAUCAGAUUUCUAAAUUUUACCUGGUGGUAAACUUGCAUUUCAACAUUGUAGUCUGCUAAAUGAAAACAAAAACAAAAACAGUAAAUGAUUCUUUCAAGUUUAUGUUUUCUACAUAUUUAUGAUUGCAACAAUAACUAAUUUUCUAAUUUACUUUGUAACCAUGUGUGACCUAUUUUACCUGUCCUAUGCAGCUGAGGCACUAAAUAUCAUGACUAAUCAUAGGUGAACUGAUUUCAGUUAAGGGGAAAAAUACCCCAGAUGUUGGCCCCAAAAUCUUUGGGGGGAAAAAAAAAAUUCUCUUUUUACAUUUCAUGCACUUUUAUACUUUGUGGUUUCUUUUGGGUUUGGACAUGGCAAUAUUUCCAACUUCACUGAAAUCAAGUACUGAAAAUUUCAUGGGUGAAAUCUUGUGCUCAUAAGAUUUUCAGACCAAAGCGGUUAAUCGAAACUUAGGAUUCUUAUCUAAACCGAACCUUCCAAACUCUUGCAGUUCACCUGUCACUAGUCGUGAUCUCAUUAAAAGUCACGCAGUAUAACGAUGUAACCAGUAGACUGUAGUGGUACAACAUGGUUUCAUGAACAGAAUUUGUUUUGGUUCUCAUUCAUUUUCCUUUUCAUGAUGACUCUGAUCCAAACAGAUCUCUGAGCUUCCAUAUGUCCUCAAUGAAGUUUGGGAUAUGAAAGCCAACAUGGAUCUGUUCCUAUGCAGCAAAUGAAAAUAAAAAAGCACAGUAGUUCUAUGUACCACCUUAAAAUACGUUGCUAUCCAAGCUGCAGUGGAAGGUCAGCUUUUGAAUGUGGGUUCGGGAAGUAGAUCAGCACUGGUGCACUUGAAUAAAAAAAAGUCUGCAGCCUUCUAAUUGUUUUAACAAGAAAACAGCAGAGCAUUUUAUAUUGUCACUGUAAUCACAUGAUCAGUGGCUGAUCAGAACUCGGGCUUGUUUUUAAUGUAGUAUAUGUCCUAACUGCUCACCUGCAGAUGGACAUGGCUACCCAGCCUCUGUCCCAAAUAGCUCUAGAUCUGAAAAAGAGUGAAAAUGUCCAGCAGUCAGUAGUACGUUGUUGAGCAGAAUUGACAAUUUGGUAAUGUCCGUCUUUGGCAUAAGUGCAUUCAAAUCCUGUACCCAUUGAUAACAAUCGCUUACCCGCCAUUUGUCUUCAGUGGGCGAACGACUGAACACUUGGAGGAACUGGUUAUGAAGCCAUGGCUUGUGCUCACUGUGGGAUCAGGUGGGGAGACAGUGUAAAUAAAGGGUUAAAUAAGAUGUGUAUUGGGUGGAGGGCACAGACUACUAAAGUAUUUCAAGUGCACUGGGAAGAAAGAUGGCCAUCACCUCACAUCCAGGAAAUUCAGUGCAUUUGGCACGCUCCCUGUAGCAAACAACUAUUUUCAAUUAACAUCUUAAAUGAGACCUCCUCCCCCCCACACACAAUUAAAAACAGCCUUAGGGGAGGUGCUGCUAUGUCCAGUCUUCAACAUAUUGACGUCAUUCUUGGGAGAUGAUCUGAUCAGGUAUUGCUGGCAAAGAAAACUGUACAAAGGAAAAGCGUUUUUGAAUGCACUGCAGCACCAAUGCCACCCCACCUUGUUUGAUGAUUCACAGGAGUGCACUGAAGUAGGGUGGGACAGGUUAGCCAGUAUUCAUAGGUGAGAAGCCUAAACCUCAAGGAGCCGAGAUCACCUCUUCUUAACUAGGGAUGGGGUGAAAUAAAAGCUCAGAACCAACCACCCUGAACUUUGGGGAACCUAGGUUAAGAUUCAUGGCUGCCUCUGUCAUAGGCUGAACUGAAAUCCCAGGUCCAAAAUACCCCCAAAUUGUACAAGAGUUCAGCUAUGGAUCUGAAGGUCACAGGUUGGGCCCAUUUCUUCCAGAGUUAGAUGCCAAAGCCUUGUAUUUAAAAUUAAAGGUUAUUAUUAACUCUCAGCUGAGAAGCAUUCAGGAACUACUAGGACACAACCUUUAAUCUAGGAUAUUUAUUCAUUUUUAAUCUAGGAUGAACACGCUCCUAAUUGUACUAAUUUGUUUACCGAGGAAUUAAUGUUAAAUAGGACAUGUUGGGUUUACAGCUUUUCGAUGUAUUACUCUUUAGUUUAUUCUAAGCUACUGUAAGAAGGACAUCAACGCAUCAGAUCAAAUCCCUAGCUACAAAGCAAACAUGACUCAAGCAUCUGGGGACACGGAACAUAAGAGAGCAAGCCAGAUGCGUGAAAUAAGACCUUGAUCUUGCAUGCCUUGGUUAAAAGGCUCACUGAUUUCAAUGGACAAUUUAAUUUCAGCAGAAAUUUUAACCCAAGACAGUGCCCAAUCAGGACUACAGCUGGUCAAAAAAAUUUUUUUUUAAGGAAACACCUCCCCCACCACCACCAAACUGAAAAUGUUUCAUUCAAAGGGUUCUAUUUUUUCCAAAGGCAAACAUUUUCAGUUUUUUUCCUUGUUUUUAUUAUUAUUUAAAAAGUGGACAUUUUGAAAAAAAAAUUCUUCAAAAUUUCCAUUACAAAACAAAACAAAAAAAACCCACCCAGGUGGCGUUUUUCAACCAUUUCUAAUCAAAAGCUGAAACAAGAUCUGAAAAAGCUUAACCAAAGUACAGCUUUAGUGUUGGUUUUAAACCUGGAAACAAGCAAGGAUCAAAGUCUGUGAAGGCAGGUUGAAAAAUGUGUGCGCAGGGGGAGGGAUUCACAAAAAUUCUGUUAAUUUCGCCUUCCAUUUUUCCCCCAUUAAAAUCAGAAUUUUAGGCCCACUCAGAGGCUACAAGAGAACUAGGAAAAGAAACUGGAUUUCUUUAGCCUGGCACUUGUCUGUAAAUCUUUUGCAGCUGGGGUGUGAAAAGGUUUUUACAGUAGACAAAGUGGCAGAACACCAGUGUUGAAAUUUUGUUGGGAGGCUGAACAUUGAGGUGGUCCAUCAUUUGCUCUUGUCCAAGAACCCAAGGAUGUUCUCUUAGCAUUGGAUUAAUUGAAGUACUGAUCUGAAACGCUCAUUGUUUUGCUAGGAUUUUUUUUUUUCAGUGUGAUGUUGUGAUUGUUACCUGAUAUGUGUCCAGGGACUUCACAUAGUAAGCGGUGGUCCAUCUUGUUGGAUGUAGUUAGCUAAAAAACAGUGAUGGUGGUGAUUAUUUUUGUUUUUUAUUUAAAUUCCUAAUAACUGUAACUACAGUAUGUGAUAAGUAGCACAUGGAAGAGUGAGGAUGUUUAAGUCACCUGACCUUUUUUAAGACUUUAACAAUAAUUGUUUAAAAAAAAAAUCUGGUUUUGUUCUGAGCAGGACUGUUUGUAUUUGAAUAAGAUCCUGGAGUGUAAUUCAAUCCUUAAAACUAGCCUUUGUGUAUACAGUAAAUGUUUGUAUUUUGCAGUAUCUGUUUUGAUUUUUAGAUAAAAAUGUAUAUUGAUAUUUUUAAGUCAUCUUUGCUUUUUUAGAUGGAGUUUGUAAUCACCUUAUAACAGAAAAUAAAUCUUUCCUUUAUAAAUCAAA